AUGCUUCCUCCAUCGCCCCGCCUCCUUGCCCACCGCCCGCCCAUUGCGAGGUGCUGCGGGGAAAGCCCCGCCCACGCCGUCUCCCGCUCCUUCCCCUCCGAGGCGGAAGUGAAGCGCGCCGGCAAGAUGGCGGCCGCCAUGGCGUGGCUGCGGGGCCGCGCGUGGGGCCCGGCGCGGCGGUGCUGCCGGAGCUGCUACGGCGGCGGGGUGCCGCUCACGCGGCCGCUGCCCGGCGCCCCGCAGCCCGUGUUCGCGGCGCCCGGCGGGCGCGAGCGCUUCGAGACGCGCGUCACGGCGCUGGAGAACGGGCUGCGCGUCGCCUCGCAGAACAAGUUCGGGCAGUUCUGCACGCUGGGCCUGCUCGUCAGCUCCGGGUCCCGCCACGAGGCCAGGCAUCUCAGCGGCAUCGCGCACUUCUUGGAGAAGCUGGCCUUUUCCUCCUCAGCGCAGUUUGCCAGCAAAGAUGAAAUCCUCCUCGCCUUGGAGAAACACGGGGGCAUUUGUGACUGCCAGGCGUCGAGGGACACCAUCAUGUACGCCGUGUCUGCCGACGCCAAGGGCCUGGACACCGUGGUCAGUCUGCUGGCCGAUGUGGUGCUGCAGCCCAGGUUUUCAGAUGAGGAAAUGGAGAUGACUCGAAUGGCGAUUCGCUUUGAGCUCGAAGACUUGAAUAUGAGACCUGAUCCAGAGCCUCUGCUCACAGAGAUGAUCCAUGCGGCAGCCUACAGAGAAAAUACAGUUGGACUGAACAGGUUCUGCCCAGUAGAGAACACUGACAAGAUCACUCGGGACGUUCUCCAUUCCUACCUGCGCAACUACUACACGCCAGACAGGAUGGUGCUGGCCGGGGUGGGCAUCGAGCACGAGCAGCUGGUGGAAUGUGCCAGGAAAUACCUGCUUGGAGUCGAGCCCGUGUGGGGCAGCGCCAAGACACAGGACGUUGACAGAUCUGUGGCUCAGUACACAGGAGGUAUCGUGAAGGUUGAAAAAGAUAUGUCCGAUGUGAGCCUGGGCCCUACACCAAUCCCCGAGCUUACCCACAUCAUGAUUGGGCUGGAAAGCUGCUCGUUUUUAGAGGAAGAUUUCAUCCCCUUUGCAGUAUUGAACAUGAUGAUGGGAGGCGGCGGCUCUUUUUCAGCUGGAGGGCCUGGCAAGGGCAUGUUCACCCGCCUGUACCUCAAUGUGCUCAACAGGCACCACUGGAUGUAUAAUGCAACCUCUUACCACCACAGCUACGAAGACACGGGUCUGCUGUGUAUUCACGCCAGUGCAGAUCCCAAACAGGUUCGAGAGAUGGUGGAAAUCAUUACAAGAGAAUUCAUUCUAAUGGCAGGAGCCCUGGGAGAGGUAGAACUGGAGCGAGCAAAGACGCAGCUGAAAUCCAUGCUCAUGAUGAACCUGGAGUCUCGGCCCGUUAUCUUCGAGGACGUGGGAAGGCAAGUGCUGGCAACGAACACAAGGAAACUACCUCACGAGCUCUGCGCGCUCAUCGGUGCCGUCAAACCCGCUGACAUCAAGAGAGUGGUCACCAAGAUGCUUCGUAACAAACCAGCUGUGGCGGCGCUGGGCGACCUGACGGAUCUGCCCAGUUACGAGCACAUCCAGGCCGCGCUUUCCAGCAAGGACGGGCGGCUCCCCCGGCUCUAUCGGCUCUUCCGAUAA